AUUGUUUUAAAAACGUAAAAAACAACUGAUAGUUGUAUUAUCUAAUCGAUACAAAAUAAGCGGAUCAUAAAACAUAGGUGUAUGCGCAGGGGGAAGUCACUUUAUUUGCAUUUGCUAUUUCGUUUUUCGCAAUGCAGCAACCUAAUUUUCCUUUUGAUAUCCGAGAUGUUGAAGAACACGACAAUGAGGAAUUGAGUAAAUAUUUCUUAGGUGUGGGAAAAGCUAAUAUACAAGUCGGUCCCAAGAAAUAUUUACUAAUAAGUGAAUAUAAGAAUGAGGCUGCAAAUAUUUAUAACAUGCCAGUCAGGUCUGAUGAUAUCUUUAUCGUCACCUACCCACGAUCAGGAACAACAUGGACUCAAGAAAUAGUGUGGCUUUUGGCGUCUGAUUUAGACUACUACACCGCAGCUAACACGCCGCUCCAAGCGAGAUCUGUAUUCAUAGAAUUUUCAAUGAUCAUGCACAAGGAGUUUUUAGAUAAGAUGAAAAAAGUGCACGCCGGUAAAGAGGAGAAUUUAAAAGCUUUGGACGUUGUAAGCACGCCUGGAACAGUACAGGUCGCGACAAUGCCUUCACCGAGGAUCAUUAAGACACAUUUGCCGAUGACACUUCUGCCCCCGACUUUACUUGAUACUUGUAAGGUGGUGUACGUAGCACGUGACCCUCGUGACGUUGCCGUGUCCUUCUACCAUCUCACCAGCUCGUUCCAGUCGUUCAAUUUCACGGGCGACUUUAAAACAUAUUGGGGUUUAUUCGUCAAGGAUUUGAUGUACUGGUCACCUUUCUUCGAUCACUUAAAAGAGGCCUGGGAGAUGCGUCAUCACCCCAAUAUGAUGUUUCUGUUUUAUGAGGAACUAACACAGAAUCUCUCUGCAACAGUUAAACGUGUGGCAGAGUUCUUAGGUAAAGAAUACACCGCCGAACAAUUCGAUGAACUUUGUACUCAUUUGAAAUUCGAUAACUUCAAAAAGAAUCCAUCCGUUGGCAUCGAUAACUUGAAAGAGUUAGGAAUAAUGGCACAGAAAGGAGAGUUUAUUAGAAAAGGCAAAUCGGGAGGUUGGCGUGAUUACUUCGAUGAAGACAUGACUAGAGAGGCAGAGGAAUGGAUUGACAAGAACUUGAAGGACACAGACAUGAGAUUUCCAGCCGUGUAAUUACUAAAUUUUAAUAAAGAAAAUUGAGUUUA